AUGGAAGAGGAGACAUUACGCUUGCAAUUUGGUUCUGCCGCUACGACGAUCGGCACACAGUGGCUGACGUUACAACAAUCGAAUAGAAAUGUUGAGAGAUUACACGUAUUGGCUUUUGAGGCUAAAGGUCGUGUGAAACGACAGAUUCGAGUUACGAGUAAGCAAGAAGACCAAAAUCCCAUAACAUGGGGUGGCAAUGUGGAAGUGUACGACCAGUCAGGAAUCGAUUUAGGAUCAAAUCAUGAUGGACUGUGGAACUGGAAAGUACUCAAUGAACAGAAUCUUGUCGAAGUAGAUGAGUUUCGACCAUAUUUACCACUGCACAAUUUCUAUGAAGGUCGUGCUAUUUGUAAUGGUGGUAGUAUAAGUCUUUUGUCAUUAGAAAAGGCUGAAGAUCGUGUGCGGACAGUACUGGAAACGUGCGAUCAAUUAAAAGUGGUACAAAAUUUAGUGGAUAUGGACUCAUCAUGGGGAGGUUUAGCUUAUGAGAUAAUGACAUACGUCAUUGAUGAAUGUCCUCGUGCAGUAGUGAUGACUAUUGGUAACGAUUGGAGCUAUCCAUUGAAUGUAUAUGAUGAUUCUGCCGAAUAUUGUAUUGCGUCCAGUAUUCGUGAUCGUACAAAAAAUGAAGCAAGAAUGAAUAUCAAUGUUGCAUCCUCGAUAUCACUUUUGUCAGAAGUGUCGCAUUUAUUGGUACCAGUGGCCAUGAGUUCGAAAACCCUACUCAAUACGACAUUUCCACAUCUUGAAUUUAAUAAAACCAGUUGUGUCGAUGUGAGUUCAAUUAUUGCGACAGCGCUUGAACUCGCACUAUCAGGUUUUCAAGAUCGACCAGCGUAUGAACUUUUGAAAGGAUUCAACCCUCAUAUGAAGGUAGUUGAAUUGGCUGCGCUAUUUCCAUAUAAUAUGGACCCAACAAGUUUAUUGCAAUGUAUUGGUGAUAGUGUGACUAAUGAAGUCCGCAGCAAUAUAUUGCAACAAGAUCCAUUUUGCAACUAUUCGUUACUUCCGACCAUCCAACACGCAACAUCUGACCAGAACCUACUGAACAAGUCAUUUUACCGACACUUGUACUUCCGUGGAUCAUUUCAUGGUCAUUUGUCUCUACAAUCUGCUUUUGAUUCAUUUCCUGUAUCAUCUCGAGACGUCACAUUACAAUGGUCAUCAUCUUCGCUAUUUCUACCGACUAGUUAUCGUCUUUCAACGCUUCAAAAUUCAUUGAUUGAUGGAAUUACUCAAUUGUCAUCAAACAGAAAAGUUGGCAAGUAUUUAAGCACAUUGGGGCAUUUAGUUGCAACUAGCAAUAAGCGUAUGUUGCACGAAUUCACUCGUGUUGGAAUGAGUCCAGACGCACCAGAAGAGCUCAAAUCUCAUUUGGCAACACUAAGUGACCCAUAUCUUAUAUGA